AUGGGGUUGAAUAAUUUGCUCUCUUCAUUUGGUGAAUUUAUUAAAGGUUCAAGAUGGAGACAUCAUUCUAAGUGCAAGAAGGUAAUCAAACAGCUUAAGGCACGUUUAGUGAUACAAAGGAAGAGAAGAAAUUCAAUUAUAAAACAAUUACGUGAAGACAUUUCUCAACUUCUCCAAAUUGGACACCAUCAUCUAGCUUUAGCCAGAGUUGAACAACUUUAUAGAGAUGAGUGCAGAUUAUCUGCAUACAAUCAACUUGACAAUUUUUGUGAUUGUAUCUCUAUGAACCUACGUGAUAUUAGCACCAACAGUAAAUUGUCUGAUGACGUGCAAGAGGCAUUAUCCAGUAUGAUAUUUGCAGCAUCGAGAUGUGGCGAACUGCCAGAGUUGCAUUCACUAAGGAAUUUAUUUAAACAACAUUUUGGUCAAGCAUUUGAUCGACUCAACGUUGAACUGUUACCAGGUAAUAUGGUUAACUCAGAGACCAAACAGUACCUCACACAUGUCACAAAGCUAAAAGAAGACGUAAAGCUCCAAAUCAUUGAUGAAAUUUUCAGUAGCUUUAAGAGUUCUAGUAGGACUAAGGACAACAACUGGGUUGAAAGCUUAAAUUGUGAGAUUUAUACUUCAAAAAGAACCAGAAGGAAUAAAACCGUCAACAACAACAAUUGUAAUGUAAUUUCACAGGUGGAAUUUGCGGGGAAAAAUGAAGAACAAUUGCCUCGAGUACAACCACAAUCGCCUCAUGUCCAUCCGAAGCUUCCGGACUAUGAUAAUUUAGUUGUCAAAUUCAAAGAUCUCAAAGGAGAAAAUAUGUAUAAGACUAGUACAAAAUAUCAAUCCUUUUCUAAAUUGAUGAGGUGGUAG